CGUCAACCCGGUACUACAACAUGGCAGCCUCCAUGUAAUAUUUUGGUUGUAGAUAUAGUUUUAAGCGGAAAGAACCAAUUUUUGAACGAUUAAGUUUAUAAGGCAGGAUGAGAGUUGCCUGGCUAUGUGUCAGUUUGCUUUACCUGGUAUUGUCAACAGACGGGGCCUCCAAGUAUGUGUCCGUCAGUCUCAAUAGUAAAUGGAAGUCCACCCCAAUGCUGCUCGAAGCAAGUGAGUUCCUUGCUUCUGAAGGCAAUGACAACUUUUGGGGAUUUGUUACGAGAAUAACAGACCUUAAUCCAGAUCUUCUGGCAGAAGAGACAGAUGAGGCCAUGUACCAUCUGAUACAGAAGUUCUCGGCCAAGUUUCUCACACCCAUGCUGCAGAACUUUCUCAAGAUGUUCCUCUCUCUACGAGCCUACUCUCCGACAGUGGAAAUGUUCCAACACAUGGCCGAUGAUGCUGGGCCACCUGAUGGAUGUGAUGCCUUUGUGUUCGUUCAUGGAGAGAAAACCUGCGAUGCUGACAAAAUCAAGGGACUUGUCAAGUCUGCUGCAAACAAAGAUGGUCCUGUGCUGUUCAAGUUUGAUCAUGUCUAUCCUGGUGGUCGGGAUGCCCAGGUGACUGCCAUCCUGUACGGACAACUGGGGACAGCUGCCUUCAAGACCCUGCAUGGGAAGCUUGUAGAACUCACAGCUGCCGGAGAUGUCAUCUAUGUGUAUAGGCAUUACCUCAAGGUCCGCAGCGAGGAGUUAACGAGCCUGUCUGGGUAUGGAGUGGAACUGGCCAUCAAAAGUACUGAGUACAAGGCAAAAGAUGACACCAAGGUUGAAGAUGGUAGUAAGUCCACAGGAGGUGAUUCCGGUGCCGAUGAGGAGGAGGAUGCGGGUGUCGAUGUGGACGGUUUUGUCUUCUCAAAGCUCAGGGAGCGCCAUCCAGAACUGAAGGAAGACCUCAAGAAGUUGAAACAGCAUCUGACAGAAACCUCCAGUGAACUUGCAGCCAUGAAGGUCUGGCAACUGCAAGACCUUAGCCUACAAGCUGCCCAGCUUGUGAUAUCCGCGGAGCAGGAAAAUGCCUUGGAAACUCUCACAGACGUCAGCCAGAACUUUCCCUCCAUGGCCAAGUUGUUGUUGAAGACAUCUGUGAACAGUGAUAUGAAACGUGAAAUAGAGAAAAACCAGCAGUACUUUGAGCAGUAUCAUGGCAUGGAGGCUGGGGACUCGGCCCUCUACGUGAAUGGCAUCCCUAUGGAUAUGGAGAUAUAUGAUGUGUUUAUGUUGCUGGACAUCAUGAAGUCAGAGGCCAAAAUUAUGGAAGGGCUAUUCUCCUUAGGUUUUCAGGGAGAUGACCUGUACACCCUUCUACAUGUUGAUGCCAAGGGAGACAAACAGGAGUUUGCCCUCGACAUUCGACACUCCGCCGUACAGUUUAUCAACGACCUUGAGACGGACAAGAAGUACAGUAACUGGCCUGACAAGGUUCAGGACAUUCUACGCCCAACUUACCCCGGCAUGCUCAGACAUGUAGCCAAGAAUUUCUUUAACUUGGUUUUCAUCGUCGACCCUCAAGAAAAAGACAGUCGUGAACUUCUAAAGAUGGCGGAGUCUUUCUACGUGCACAGUGUCCCCGUGCGUAUAGGCGUGGUGUUUUUGGUGAGCGGGGACAAGGACGUGAGUGGACUAGAUGACCCAGCAGUCGCGCUGGCUAACGCCUUUGAUUACAUCCGACAGGAGCAUGAUGCGCCAAAGGCUCUCACCUUUAUCACUGAUGUGUACGAGACCGCCAAUGGUGGGGAAAUAACUGUUGCCAUGGUAACCAAGGAGUUUAAGGAGCAGUUCGCUGACGAGGAGAUUGAAAAAGUGUUUGGCAAGGACUCCGAAUAUGACUAUGUAAAGAGGAGCAGUUCAGACUUCAUUUCUAAAUGUGGGUUGACUGAAUUCCCAGCGGUGCUCGUAAACGGAAAGCCCAUGAAAAAGGCCGACCUAACUCAGGACAGCUUUGAGGAAGGUGUUAUUACAGAAAUCAUGCAGGCUACUCCAGAGUUCCAACAGAAUGUCUAUCAGGGUCGUCUACAUGAGGGCCACAAUAUUUUGGAAUGGGUGAUGGAGAAAGACCAUGUUCUACCCCGGCUCAAUUCUCGAGUGCUGAAUGGACCAUCCAAAACGCUUGACCUCUGUGAAAAUAUUGAAUCCGGCCUUACUGAAGAUUAUGACACAUUUGAAAUGCUGACAUCCAAAGAUAUGUGUGCCUCCCUGGCUGAUAGUCUCGCCUACCUUCACAGGAAUGAUGACUCGAAGGUCUACGCUUUAUCCCUGUGGCUGGUUGUUGACCUUCAAACCUCGGAAGGUCGCAGUCUAGCAUACGCUGCUCUCAAACGACUGAAACACUCCAACGACAUGCGCCUAGCUUUCAUUUUCAACCCAGAAGCACCAUCUACAGGCAAAGUGGACAUCAACAAGGCAGCUCAUGUGGCAGUCAACACUUUAUCAAAUACCCUUGCGAAGAGCUAUGUUACUAAGCUGGUGAAAGAGGAGAAUUUCGAUGACCUUCAGUCCGGAAAAAAGACGCUGCAAGACUUGGAAGUUAAUGGUAUGGAUAUGGCUGCUUAUCUGAAGGCUUAUGAGGGGCAAUCUUCAGAGUUUCUACAGGUGCACCGUGUGUUUGCCGAGAGGACACUGGAGAUCCCUGGUUCCAAAAGGGGAUUUGUUGCCAAUGGGCAGGUGUUUGGACCAUUGAGGGUGGAUGAAGAGUUUAUCACUGAAGACGUUGACCUUUUGGAAAUGUAUGUGAAGCAGCUUUCCGCCAAUCGACUCCGCACGGAGAUCACCAAAAUGAAAUACACAGGCAAAAAGGGCAGCGACCUUGUAAUGAAGGUUGGCGGACUUCUUGCGUCCAUAGAGAAGAGUCACACACGCAAGAAGGUGAAAUAUGGCGGAGACCAACACAGUGUGGUGAAAAUACCUGGAAAUAAUGAUAUGCCAGCAUUCCGUAUAGAGGCGAUUGUGGACCCGGCAAGCAUCGCCGCCCAGAAAAUGGCCCCAAUUCUCAUGGUGCUGAAAGACCUAUACAACCUCGAUAUUCGUGUCUACAUGAACAGCAAGGAUAAGCUCUCCGAGAUGCCACUGAAGAGGUACUACCGAUACGUCCUUGACCCUGAACUCAAGUUUAAGGCUGAUGGGAAAUUGGCGGGUGGACCAAAGGCGAAAUUUGUCGACCUACCAAACAAGUCUAUCCUCACCCUAGGGAUGGAACCUGCAGAGAACUGGCUCGUAGAGGCGAUACGGGCACAGUACGACCUUGAUAACAUUCUACUGGAUGAAGUGAGGGGCGGCGUGGAGGCGGAAUUUCAACUGGAAUAUCUACUGCUUGAAGGUCAUUGUUACGACUCCAACUCGGGCCAACCUCCUCGGGGUCUGCAGUUUGUCCUGGGAACCAACAGCUCAGAUGUUAAGCAGGACACCAUUGUUAUGGCCAAUCUGGGUUAUUUCCAAAUGAAGGCUAACCCAGGUGCCUGGACGCUCAAACUGCGACAGGGCCGGUCUUCAGAGCUCUAUGACAUCUCGAGCCAUGAAUACACUGAGACCCCGGCCGGUUUUAAGGACGUGAUCGUUGCCAUGAAGGACUUCAAGUCGCGGACAAUCCGGGUCAAGGUCGCGAAGAAACCUGGAAAGGACAAAGAAAAGCUCUUGGAUGACUCAAAGGAUGAAGAAGGGGCCAGUGGAAUUUGGGAUACCAUCUCUAGUUCAUUUUCUGGUGGUGAAAAAUCAACCGAGGAUAAAGACCAGACAUUAAAUAUCUUCUCAGUGGCAUCAGGACAUCUGUAUGAAAGAUUGCUCAGAAUAAUGAUGAUGAGUGUUAUGAAAAAUACAAAAUCCAAAGUAAAGUUCUGGUUCUUGAAGAAUUACCUCUCACCAACGUUUAAGGAGUUUAUCCCCCACUAUGCCAAGGAGUAUGGUUUCGAGUACGAACUUGUGCAGUACAAGUGGCCGCGCUGGCUGAACCAGCAGAAGGAGAAACAGAGAAUCAUGUGGGGCUUCAAGAUCUUAUUCCUCGACGUCCUGUUUCCACUGGAUGUGAAGAAGUUUAUAUUUGUUGAUGCUGAUCAGAUUGUGCGUACCGAUCUCCAAGAGUUAAAUGACCUUGACCUGGGAGGGGCACCUUACGGCUAUACACCCUUUUGUAGUGACAGGAAGGAGAUGGAUGGUUUCAGGUUCUGGAAAUCUGGCUACUGGGCGGGGCAUUUAGCGGGACGAGCGUACCACAUCAGUGCCUUAUAUGUUGUGGACUUGAAGCGCUUCCGUGAGAUAGCUGCAGGGGACAGACUUAGGGGUCAAUACCAGGGGCUCAGCCAGGACCCUAACAGUUUAUCAAACCUUGAUCAGGAUCUUCCAAAUAAUAUGAUACAUCAGGUUGCCAUAAAAUCGCUGCCACAGGAGUGGCUUUGGUGCGCGACAUGGUGUAGCGAGGAGUCAAAGAAAUAUGCCAAAACUAUUGACUUGUGUAACAAUCCCUUGACAAAGGAGCCCAAGUUAAAUGCUGCUAUGCGUAUUGUGCCGGAGUGGAAAAACUAUGAUUACGAAAUAAAGGUGUUUUGGGAUAGCAUUUACGGCACAAAUACACGAUCUCAAAUAGAAUACGAACCUCCGGAGCUGGAUAGUGUAAAGAAAGAAGCCUGGAGGGAUAGAAUAGAAUUAUAACACAAAGGUUUCCAUAGUAACAUUUUUCCAUUCUGUAUUUAUAUUGUCAUACUGUAUGAAACGAUACAGAAAUGUUAUAAAUUUCAUCAACUUCCAGACAUAAUAUUUUGUCAUCCAAAUAAAUCUUACAUUAAAUGAAUAACAUUUCAUAUUAUUUUCAUUUAAAUUUUGAAGUUGAAUCAUAUUAUUAGAUAUACAAAUUCCAUUUUGAAUUUGAUUGUUAUUUUUGAGUUUUGAAAUUAAUAUUGCAUAGAGCCGUUCUAUUUAUUCUACAAACUUUUGGCAAAUACUGUAGCAUUGUUUUAACGCUGUAAAGGUGAAUACUUACAUGUUGAUUAUUUCAUGAGAGAAGUAUUAUGUAAUUUACAAAUGAUAUAUGUAUCUGGUAGAUUUUUAGCAAAGGAGUAAAAAUAUACACUAGCUGAAAAGUUAUAUAGUUAUUAGUUAUUAAAUAUCUAAACCGGGUAUUAUUUAAAGGGACUUGGCGCCAGAUGAUACAAUUGCAAGAAAAAAAUAUUGUCUAAAACUAACAUAAAAAUAAUAUUGUUGUGCACAACACUUUGAAUCUUACUUAAUGAUGUAUCACAUCUUAUUUAUCUUUUGCAGCUUUUGUGUAUAUUUCCGAUUCAAAAUUUACUCAGUUUGUCUACCAAGUAAAUACCAGUAAAUUUAAAAAUAACGUCAGUAUAAGUAUCUGUACUAAUCAGGUGUCUUUCACAUUCUAAAUAUACACCUAGAAACUGGGAGACCACUGGUAUGAUGUGCUAUUUUUAAAUGGGUGAACUCAGCCAAAACAGCCAUGAAAUACUCUUGAAAUCAUGUUAAGGGAUGUAUUAACGGCCUCUUACUAGUUCAAAAUGACAAUUGAUGAAAUACUGAAUUUGUCGAUUUUUGGAUUAUCUGGUGUCUAGUCACUUUAAAUGUUUCAUACAUGUAUGAACACAAAAUUUUCCCAAACGGUUUAUUUAGUUUACAAAAUAAAUGUUCUCUUCUUUUCAUCAUGUGAAUCUUAAAUCAUAGAAUGACAGAGGAUUUAUUCAGGCGUCUGAGUGAAAUCCUGGUUUUAUACAUGUAUGUUAAAAUAUAUGUUAAAAUCAUGUAUAAAAUGUGUUAUGAAAUUCAGGCAACUAUUUUUAAUUGUGUGAGUGACAAUUUCACAGUAAAUCAUUCAUUUAAAUUGUAUACGUUGAAAUAUUAUAAUUAUGAGAGAACCAUCAAGCAUUUAUAUAUGGAAAUGUACACUUUGAAUGAUGGCUUGAAUGAAAUAUAAUUUUGUGUUUGGCUAUAUGGUGAUGUUACAUACAUUUUGAUAUAAACGAGUUUGGUGGUUAAGGUAUUUGAAAUCAGUUACUUACAAUGGGGCAGUUUUAUUAACAAGUAAAGACAAAUUAUUGUUAGAUCAGCAAUAUCAAUUUUUAAUUAAUUUAAAAAAUUAAAAAUUUUAACUUACAAUGACUUACUAAAUAAGCACAAUGUAAUAUUUUUAUAUAUAUAUAGCCUAACUUUAUUGUUGAAAAAUAUCUCAUUUUAAGAAUAAUGGAAUGGUAAACUAAUCUUACAAGAAGCUUGUUAAUAAAAUGGCUCCUGUAAGUGGAAUGACUUGGAAAGAAAGUUGUUAUGUUACUUUUAGCUUUUUCUGAUUUUCAAAGAAAAAAAUAAGAAAAGGUUAUUGCUGUAGCCCUUGGUGUCUUUGUGUAAAAACAUGUAACUUGGCCAUAAUUCAAGAGUUAUUCAACAUAUUCGAUUGAAACAUAGUACACAUGUUUUCAGAGGCAAUAUGCAUAUUUGAUUGGCAAGGCCAAUUACUCUGUCUUUAAUAAUUGAGUUGUGCCCCUUUUCGACUUUACAAUCAUAGAUGAGCUUGGCAUUCGCUUCAAAACAUUAUUGUUUGAAUGUGUAUGUAUAUGUAUAAAUAAGUGUUGAUAGUUUACUGUUAAUGAAUUUUCACAUAUAUCACUUGACUUUACAUGGAGACUUGUAAAACUUAUCACGGCACUUUAUUCAACAGUUUGUCAUGACAUAAUUGUCUGAAGCUGGCAUCAUUAGGAAAGGGUCAGAGAUGUAUAUAUUUCUGUCGUUUAUUUGUCGUAAAAAAAUGAUUUUAUUAUCCAUGCACAUGCGAGUUAUUUUUUUGCUGUCACAGAUAUUGUUUUGCAUUUUACUGAAUUUAAGAAUUGAGUGUUGAAGUAUUGCAGUUCAUAAGUGUAUGAAAACAUUUGAUUAGUGAAUUGUUUAUUAAGUCUGAUGGCUAUCAUGAUUAUCUGUGCACAAGUCAAAGUGUUUUCUUACACAGCUGUCAACACAAAAUAUUCAAUAAAUGGCUUUAUUAAAAAUACUGCAAGUAAGUUGUUUGUGAAAAAAUUGAUAUAAUUAUAUAAUAUUAUCCAUCUGUAAGUGAUACUGCCACAUCUGAUGAAAAUGUAUAAAAUACCUUAAAAAUAGACUCUCAGUUGAGUAUAAAAUGUCUUCACUUUUUUGCCAACACAUUAAAUGUCCUAGUAAUUACAUAAAUAUAUACAAAGGUGUCUGGUAUUGUUGGAUGCUGUUAAAACUUGGGGUGUGGUAAAUUGUAUGGCUGUUAAGUGUCAGGCACAUUUUUAUGAAUAUACGCAUUAUACGGCACUGUGAUAUAUGCAUAUAUUAUGUACAAUGUAUAAAAGUGUGAAUGAUUUUCAUGAACUGGAUGUGGUUUAAAUGGUUAACAUGGUAUAUUUUAUAUGAUAUGUAUGAAUAACUAGCUAAACAAUCAUGUUUUAUGUUAACUUCGACCAAAAUUAUACAUGUACCUAUACUAAUGAUAUUGAUGUGACAAUAUUUGUGCUGUUAAUAUGAUACAUAAUGAAUUAUGAGUUUUUUGGAUGACCUUUAUCAGUGUGUGUAUUCAAUGUGAUAAAUAACACCAUAAAUUCUACAUCAGAAGGCAACAAUUUACUUUGAAUGAAGACUUAAAACAUUUUAAAUAAAAUAAAGUGCAGGCUUUGCUGCUUAGAGAGUCCCGUCUUCAUUUUAUUACCAGAGUUUGAUUAGGUGAUCAGUUUAACAAACCUGUUUCCAAAAUGUUUUGAGAGUGCUCCCUCAGACGACAGUUUUGUGAAAAGGUUUGUCGAAGUGUUUUAAGAAACUAAACUCUCAAUCAAACUCCAGUAAAAGACCGAAUACGGGGCUUUGUAAGCGGCUGAGACUGCGCCUUGUUUCAUUUAAUAUGGUAAAUCAAUAGUAAAGUUAUCUUUGUUUAAAGUCUCAAUUCUAAGCAAAAUGUUUCCUUCUGACAUAGCAUUUAGGAUGUAAUUUAUCACAUGGUAUAUACACUGUUUAUUGUUGAUACUAAUUGUAAAAUAGUUCUGGGAAUAUUUGAUGACAUGGAAUUGGCAGAUUUUUCUGCAAAAUGAAAUAAAAAGUAUAAAGACAA